AUGCCAACCACGCUGCACCAACUCGGUCACGAAGACAGCCCCAAGCACAGCUUCAUGCACUGCGAGCCAACGGAGGAUGCGACGCACGCGAAGGCUUCAGACGACCGCGACACCAUCGUGGACAUGAGCCUGCGAGUCGAGCGCUUCAUUCUGAAAACACUCACGUACAUUUACGAGAGUGAACUCGACGAUGGCGAUACGAUGUCGUCCAAUGCAUCGGCCGUCGUGGAGAACUACAACACAAUAUCGGGCUACCUGCAGCUUAUGGGAUCGAGCAUCUUUACGGUCUUCUGCGAGACACUAAUCUUCCCCUCUCUCGACACGUACCUCCAUAACUGCAGCUUGUAUUGGGACGCGGACGCGGACGAGGUCGUGGACGCGGUCAAGGUGCUCAACGAGUGUCAAGACCGCUGCAACUCCCUCGCGCCCGACAUCGACCCAUUCGACGCCAAGACGAGCUUCUCAAGUGAUGGUCCCCGUUCUGUGCAGUCCAGCUCUGGACGGCCCCUAGACCGUGGUUCCGACGCUCAAGCAGCACGUCUGCCGACGGAGUUGGCGCUGAGCCCUGCGGUUGCAAGUGCUCUUGGAAAACGUGAUCAUGUGGCGCUGCGAGAGGAGGGUCCUGGGCCUGCUCCUGGCACUCGUGUCUUCGGACCUGAACUGCCAACCACGCUGCACUCGACGUUCCAAGAUCCGCUUCCGCUGAUUCCACGGGGCACGAGUGAAAUCCCAGGAUCCGACGUAAACUGUCUUGCUGACGACGAAGCCCGAGCGUAUGGAGCCGAACAACUGAGCCACUGGAGCUCUCUUCCAGGAGAAGUCAUCUCUCCAGUCGACGUGGUCUACGACGAGGGAGAAGAAGAGUACGACAUGGAAGCUUGGGUCUUCGCCGCAUUCGAGACUGGGAAAUACUUGGGUCUUGUGAACGCUGGUCGGACUUCCGAGUCUUGGAUCAAGGCGUUGUCUGCCAAACGCAGACGGCAACCGCUGGUCUCGGAUAAGGAGGCCGUCACCGUAUCGCCCAAGUUGCUUCCGGCUGCUGCAUGCGUCGCUGUGCUCCAGACCAUGUUGAUGGAGGCCGGUUUCGAGUUUCGCAAUGUGAUUCCUACGUGGAGUGAAGUCCGUGCGGUGUCCGAGGUGUCUGAGAAUCUGAUCCGCCGAGGUGUUGAAGAAGUUCAACUCAGACUCGCAGUUGAGAGUCUUGAGUGGAACAAGCUGAUGGAUGGCGUAGGGUUUCACAUCCGACAGCCGCUGGAGCCUCUCCCAGCUGUGCAACUAUCCGAGCGAAGUACAAGUUCCCCGACUGAUGCCGAUGGAGACGUCCUAAUGACGGACGACGCUGUGGAACUGCUUGGUGAAGAAUUGUUGCACCGCUUGAUGAUCACGCGGACCAGAAGAAGCAGUCUUGCUUCAAGCGCGUCUGGACAACCAGCGCCCAAGCGUGCGGCCUUAGAAGCUGAGCGAUCUCCGCCCAGUUCCCUGAUGCCUCCGACAUCGUCGUCCCAGAGUCUGGUGCCCCAACCGUCGGUAUCCCAGAACGUCGUGCCUCGGACUCAGAGCCUAGUCCCUAGAGCUCCAAUUCUUGAGCUGAUGGCGAGUGUGGACUCAGUUCCUAGUCUGGUGGGACCAAGUGGUGCUUCCGACGAGUCGAUGAACGCGGCCGCUGAAGGAACAGACCUGUCGGGGCACAGCUCCUCAGGAUCGUCGUUCUUGUCCGCCGCGGACUACAUGGUUGGCAGUGCCUUGAGUCAUAUGCCUGGACCAAGCCCGAUGGCGAUGGUAAUGAUUGCGCAGGAGAGCGCGGCUGCGGCAGCUGCCGACCCGGGUUUCGGUGUCUCGGCAGGCAUCAGAGAGCAGCGCAAGUCUCCAGCCAGAACACUCGACGCAACCUGCUCCCGGGUUGCAUCCAACGUCGUUGCCCCUCCAAGCUUCGUGUCUUCCACCACACCCGCAGCCGGCAUGAACCGUGGCAUCUCCACAUCAAGUGCUAUGCCACGGACUCAAGCCACUUCGACAAAGGUCGCGGACCCGGAGUCUGAGAAGAAACCACAGAAGUCCGUGCAUUCUGGGAAGUCAUCGCGAUCCCGGAAGUCCACCGCGAAAUCUGCGUCGUCCAAGUCUUCGAUGUCAGGAAUCUCCUCUCGUGUGUCGUCCUCGAGGUCGUCGCGUUCCGGCACGUCCGAGGUCGCCCUGGUCAUGAUGAGGCAGCAGGAGGCCGCCCUCAACCAACAGCAGACCGCUUCCCUCAUGGAGCGUCUUCAACUGAGCGAAGAAGCUCUUGCCGCCGAACGUGAGUCCCGCCGUCGCGACGCCGAAGUUGCUGAAGCUUGGGUUGCUGCCGCGGUGAAGAUGGGGCGCGGCACACUUAUUCCCCCCGAAGCGCCAUUGCCGAGUGCGGCCCUGGACGCCGCCACCGCUGCUGUGUUGGCAGCAGCCGAGGAAGUGAAGGCAGAGAGUGAGGGCAUCGCGCAGAGCACGACUGCCCAUUUGGCCGCGUUCGAGGACCAGUUGCGCAAUGUCAUGUCCGCGUAUCUGCAGAAGUGCGCCCUGGCCCAGAAGGUUCAACGCGGGACGGGGUCAAGUGAGACCAAGCGUGGAAGGCAGCCGAAGGCUGCGACACAGACUCGGUCCAGUGUCGCUGCAGUCAAGGAAGAAAACUCGGAAGAGACCAAGAGCUCAGCGAAAGGUGUCGCUCGGGACUCUGCGAGUGGGAAUUCAAGUUCAAGCGGCAGCUUGUCUAGCAUCGAGUCCAGCUCGGGCUCCGACUCCGACUGGGAGCGCGGCCUUGCUGAGGAACUCGCCCCUGCAACAGUACCAGCCGCUAACGGCCAAUCGUACACGUUCCGCCCGUAUAUCCAGUAUGGGACGGUGGUGAUGUUUGAUCCCCACGCCAAGCUCGAAGACCGCGUGAACUGGUGGGAGCGGUUUGUCUACGCUGCUGCGUUGGGAGUCUGGCCGGAGAAGAUGAAGUUGCGUCAGCUCCUGGGCCGACUACCUGCCCCGCUACGUGCAUGGUUCCGCCAACUACCCGAGAAGGACCAGAAAGACUGGUCGCGCUUGUCGAAGCUGUUUCGCAACCGAGGCGUCCCCAAUGGCGAGUCUGCGGGAUCGUUCCUGUAUCGACUCAACGCUGCAGCCAAGAAGGCCGACGUCGAGUACGAAGACUCUCCGAGUGACCGGGAACUCCACAUCCGUCGCUUUAUCAAGAAGCUGUCGGAUCGUCGUCUGAAGAUCACACUACAGGGACAAACGUUCAAGUCGAUGAAGGAACUCGAGAAAACUCUCAAGCGUAUCGAAGCGGUGCAGCGUGAUGAUGGAUAUGAGACGCCUCCACCUCCAAAGACCCGCGAUGCGAAGCCUAGUGGUGUGAGGUUUAGUCGAUUCCCUCCUCCGCGUCGAACGCAAGGUGAACGUGCGUACUUGGUCGAGAACCUGGUCUCGGAGUCAGAAGACAAGGCUUCCCCGCCCUCGGACUCCGACGAGAAACCAGAACCACGUUAUCUCCCGGGAACUCUGCCCCCGUCCAUGGGGCGUACGGUGAAUUCUGAGAAGAUCAACGUAGCCCAGGCUUCUGAGACUAUCGUUCAAGUACCCAGACCCCCGACGACCGAGGAGGUGUUCCGUGCUGCUGAGCAGAUGGUGAUCACGUACAUCCGAUCGCGGACUCGAGUGACGUUAACUCUGGGAAUGCGUGUGGUAUAUGUGCUGGACAUGUGGGUUGGAAACAUUGGAGAUGGAGUCGCUUGUCUGCUGGGUAUGGAUUUCAUGAAAGCGGCUGGAGUACGACUGUGCGCGCGUGAGCAGUUGGCUAAGCUUCCGAAUGAAGAAGACAUUCCUCUGGUUGGAGAGAAGGAAGUUCCACGUUACAUCUUGGAAGUACCAAUUUGUGUGCGUGAGCCGGUGUAUUUGGCUCCUGGUGAUUCGAUCAUUGUUCCGGUGCGGUAUGGUCAAGCUGACGCUGACACAGCUGAGGUAUGGACUGCCCGAGGGAAUCAGUGGGUGACGCAAGUGAUCUACAUCUCCAGACGGCGGUCUGCCGCAGUUCGUGUGGUCAAUAUCUCAGAGAAGUGGACCCAGAUCAUGCAACACACGGUGGAAGCAGCGUUGGUGGAGCCUGGGCAACUGCCACGAGGAGACCGCUUUGUUCAACCGAAGUCGCGUAAGUAUCGAGAGUGGCAACAAGAGAUUUACCAGAACACCCCUUCGCGGGAGUAUUGGCGACGGGAGGAGCUGGAAGCACUUGAAGCCGAACGGAAUGCCCCACCCGCAGUGCUGCGACCUCAAUAUGUUUGGCCGACGAAGAUUUUGCCACGUCCACCUGAAGAAGUCCGGAAGGCUGCUGAGCUACAGAAAUCUCGGAACGCGAGUGGCCGAGCCAUGAGCUCUUCGGGUCAGACUGAGGAAGAGGCCCGCAGUCACUCGAGCGCUGUUGCUGAUGUAAAGAGUCUGGCUCUGGGCAUUCCAACUGCCGCGGAAGUCACUCCCAUGGACGAAGCCGAAGCCUCGCAGGCAGACGAGUUAGAUCCUGCGAAGGAGCUCGUCAUUGAUCGGGAUUCUGGUGAUGUCGACCGCGGACUGACUGGUGGAGGUACCAGUAGUGCCGAAGCUCGACAUGAAUUGAAGGACGUGUUUCGCGCAGAGCCAGUCAAGAUCUGUGAGGGUGCCCCGGAGCAGCUGGAGGUGGCGUACGCGAUUUGUCUUCGGGUGGUCACAGCUGACUUGGAUCCUGAUGAAGAAGUCUUCUUCCACGAAGGAACCGAGCUGUUGACGCAGUUACGAGACCAGUUGGCUGUACUCCCAGACUUGAAGGAUCUCAACCCGAAGGUGAACAUGGAUGAAGCUGAUGUGGGUGUCGAAGGCAAGACCACUCCUGAGAUGAACAAGGAGAUGAGAGGUAUCUUGGAAUAUCAUCACUCGAUCUUCCUAGGAGAUGGCAAUGCUGUCCCCGCACCUGCCAGAGGAGUUGUCUGCGACCUGGAUGUUGGGGACGCAAAAUCCAUUGCCCAGCGCGCUCGUCCGAUUGCUCCACGCUUCCUCCACCAAGUCUACGAGCUGAUCAAAACAUUGUUGGAGACCGGACUCAUCGAGACUUCGUAUUCGGAGUGGGCCUCACCCAUCGUAAUCAUUUUGAAGAAGAACGGCAGGGAUAUCAGACUACCGGAUGGUGAACCAGCUCAUCAAGCUCUUGGAUAUGGCGAGUGGCUUCUGGGCGGUGCCCAUGACCCAGAGGGCAAAGCUCAUUUCUGUUUUUGUCUGUACUACCAGUGGUUGCGCAUGCCCUUCGGGUUGAAAAAUGCGCCCCUAAUAUACCAGCAGAUGCUGAACAACUAUCUUCGGGGUUUUGUGCGACUGUCGCCUGAGGAAGAAGCCAAGGUCGAUCCCGAUGUGCUUGAGUUUCUGGGAAUCAAGGUAGACGAGCGAGCGGUCCCCGAUUCUGGAGUGGAGAUCCCAGCUCUAACAGAUACAAUGACUGUUUUCCACCGGAACAUUCCAGCCCCAGUUUCAAUGGGCCCAGUCCUGGAUAGAAGCUCAUACAUUGACGACAUCGCCCAUGGGGCGCCUACCUGGGACCAGCUCUGCUCGGACCUGAACGCGUUGCUGUUUCGACUACGCUACUGGGGAAUCUCCGUGAGCCUGCCCAAGAGCGAGUUUGGGAAGCUACCUUCAUUUCUGGGAAGCAUCAACUGCUACAACAAGUUUAUCGAGGAUCUUCCUGUUAUAGCAUUGGUGCUUUACGAGCUGACCGAGGAGCAAGUCCGGGAAGGACGAGACUUGGGGCGCGCCAAAGAGGCUUUCGAGAUUCUGAAGAAGAAGAUCGUCUCGACGCCGCUGUUACGACACCCGGACCGAGAGAAGGGCUUUCUCCCAGAGUGGACUGUGGUCAGCGCGCGAGGUUACUUCCUGGAAGAUGUGACGGUCAAUGAUGCAGAGUAUCAUGGCUUGAUCAAAGGAGCGACACGGGCUAUGGAGCAUGGUGUUUACGACUUGGUUGUCGUCGGUGACUCCCGAAUCGCUAUUCAACAGGCCCAAGGGUUGAUCAACUGUCAUCAACCGAACCUUCAGCGCCUGUUAAGUGAGUUCGAUUCGGUUCGUCAGAAGUUCCAGUCUGUGAAGUUGAUUCAUGUGAAGCGGGAAUUCAACCAGGCUGCGGACUAUCUCAUAAGUCGGACUCUAGCCGCUGGAGAAUCACUGGUUAUCGAUGAUCCCCUUGAGCUGUCGCAUUUGCGUUUGAUGAAUCGCAUCCCUGAGAAGCUGGUGAAACAGUCUGAAUCUGGAGUUGUCGAUCCAUUGGUCGAAGGCACUGCUGAGCGUCGAGUACUGAGAGCAGUCGUAGAUGAGUUCCCAGAUUAUGACAACGCACCACUUUCUCUUGGCGCGCGCGUGCUAGCCGCUCUGACCCGGAGCCAAGCCCAAGCGGAAGUUCGUGAUGCAGAGGAGACGGAGUCUGAUACCCCAGGCAUGACACCUUUGGAGUUCCAAGCAGAGCGCUGGCGCCGCAUUAAGGCUCACCAAGAUGGCGAUCCAUGGAUGCGACAGUUGAAAGCUUUCCUGCGAGGCGGUCCCCAGAAAAUUGCCGACGAUGUGCCGUCACCUCUGUGA